CUUACGCCGUUUUGGAAAUUCGCUUUCUGAGAUCGUUUUUUGCUCAACAACAACAACAAAAAAACGCGUUUCGUAGCUCCAUACGUGCAUUUUCUCGAUCUUUUCAGCUUUCUCUCGUUGCCAUUUUUGGAGAAUUUUGAUGAGAGAAUUCGGAGGAUCAGGGAUGGCGGAGUUUCCGAUGCUCUGGUUCGGAAUUAGGGUUUUCGGAGUGAGAGGUGGAAUUUGAUCUUUUUCACGGUGAGAAUUUGGAUAAUUUUUGAAGGAUUUUUUGCGGAUUUUGUUCUAGGUUUUUGAGGUGAAAGAUGAUGUUAUCCGCGUCGCCGUCGAUGAUAGUCCGGAGCUCGCUGGAGGAAAUGCUUGAUUCGCUCCGGCGGAGGGACGAUGAAGAGAAGCCGAAGGAUUUGCCGCCGGCAUUGCCGGCUCGCCCGACUUCGAAGGCCCGGCUUCCUCCGGCGAGGCGGUCUUUGCCGACGAACUUCAGGGUCGGCGACGACGACGACGAGUGCCUGCCGAGUGGAAAUGAAGAGACGAAGAGGAAGGAGAAUGAUUCCUCCGGUUCCAAGAGGAAUUGUUUCGCGACCAAGAAGAUGAGGAAAGAGCAAAAUGCCGCCGAGUCGCCGUAUGCGAUCGGAAUUGAGCUGACGGAGAGCUCGGAUCGGGCCGCGGUAGCUUCUAUGUGGAGGAAUCAAGGGACGGACUUGGAUGACAACAUUAGCUACUUCAUGAAGAAGAAACGUCGCGUUUGGUGUCGGUUGCCAAGUGGGCAGUGGGAAUCAGGAACGAUACAAUCAACAUCAGGAGAGCAUGCACUUGUUUCUCUCUCUAACGGGAAUGUUAUGAAAAUCAGCUCAUCCGAGCUCUUACCGGCAAACCCAGAUAUCCUUGAAGGAGUUGAUGAUCUUGUACAACUUAGUUACUUGAAUGAGCCAUCUCUUUUUCACAAUCUUCAGAACAGAUUUUCUAAUGAUCUGAUUUACACUAAAGCGGGACCAGUUUUAGUUGCUAUCAAUCCCUUCAAAGAUGUCCAAAUUUAUGGAGAUGAGUUUGUCACGGCUUAUAGGCAGAAAAGAUUGGACAGUCCUCACGUUUAUGCUGUAGUAGACGCUGCUUAUGAUGCAAUGAUGAAAGAAGAAGUAAAUCAAUCCAUUAUCAUCAGUGGAGAAAGUGGAGCUGGGAAAACUGAGACAGCAAAAAUUGCAAUGCAUUACUUGGCUGCUCUUAGUGGUGGCAGCUCCAGUAUCGAGCAUAAGAUGCUUCAGAGCAAUCUUAUACUGGAAGCAUUUGGUAAUGCAAAAACAUCUAGGAAUGGCAACUCUAGCCGAUUUGGAAAGUUGAUUGAAAUUCAUUUUAGUACACUUGGGAAAAUAUGUGGUGCUAACAUUGAAGUGUUUCUUUUGGAAAAGUCACGAGUGGUUCAAUUGGCCAAUGGUGAACGGUCAUACCAUGUAUUUUAUCAACUCUGUGCUGGUGCUCCUUCAAGUCUAAAAGAGAGACUGAACCUUAGAAUGGCUAGUGAUUACAAAUAUCUUAGUCAAAGUGAUUGCUUAGCAAUAGAAGGUGUCAAUGAAGCUCAGAGAUUUCAUAUUCUUAUGGAAGCAUUAGACAUUGUUGGAAUUUCUAAAGAAGAUCAAGAGCGUAUAUUUGCAACCCUUGCAGCUAUAUUAUGGCUGGGAAACACUUCAUUCCAAGUGAUUGACAAUGGAAACCAAGUGGAGGUCCUGGUUGAUGAAGCUGUAACAAAUGCGGCCAAGCUGAUGGGAUGCAGUAUCCAGGAGUUGAAGUUAUCAUUAUGCACCAAUAAAAACCUUGCUGGCAAGGAGAGCGCCACUAAAAGGUGGACCUUGCAGCAGGCAAUUGACAGAAGAGAUGCUUUGGCAAAAUUUAUCUAUGCGAGACUGUUUGACUGGCUUGUAGAACGGAUCAACAAUUCCCUUCAUGCAGCCAAAUGCUGCGUUGGGAAAUCAAUCAAUAUCCUUGAUAUAUAUGGGUUUGAGUCUUUUCAGAAGAACAGCUUUGAACAAAUGUGUAUUAAUUAUGCAAAUGAGAGGCUGCAACAACAUUUCAACAGGCAUUUAUUUAAACUUGAACAGGAGGAUUAUGAACUGGAUGGUAUUGAUUGGACUAAAGUAGAUUUUGAAGACAACCAAGAGUGCUUAGAUCUGUUUGAGAAGAAAUCUUCAGGGUUACUAUCCGUGUUGGAUGCGGAAUCAAACCUGCCCAAGGCCAGUGAUUUGACCUUUGCCAAUAAGCUCAAGCAACAUUUGAAUUUGAAUAGUCGCUUCAAAGGAGAAAGAGGCAGGGCAUUUAGUGUUCGUCACUAUGCUGGAGAGGUUCUGUACGAUACAAACGGAUUUCUGGAGAAGAAUAAAGAUUCUUUGCAUGCUGAUUUUCUCCAACUCCUCUCAGCUUGCAAUAAUGAACUCCUGCAGAUUGCCUCCAAAUUGCUAAAUGAUUCUGAGAAACCAGCUACUACAUUAUCCGAGAUCAGUUCAUCAGACUUCCCAAGGCAGAGUGUUAGUACAAAGUUUAAGAAUCAAUUAUUCAAAUUAAUGCAGCGGUUGGACAGCACCAAACCUCAUUUCAUUCGCUGCAUAAAGCCAAAUAAUAAGCAGCUUCCUGGCAUAUAUGAAGCAGACCUUGUCUUAGAACAGCUUAGAUGUGGUGGAAUUUUGGAGGUCGUUAGGAUAGCAAGAUCUGGACAUCCAAUUAGAAUGAAACAUCAAGAGUUUGCACGAAGGUAUGGUUUCCUACUCUCAAAGACCAAUGUAGCUCGGGAUCCAUUAAGUAUAUCCAUUGCCAUUCUUCAACAAUUUGGUAUCCUUCCUGAGAUGUACCAAAUUGGUUAUACUAAAGUUUUCCUUCGAAUGGGGCAGAUUGAAAAAUUGGAGCAUAGAAGAAAACAAGUUCUUGAAGGAACAGUUUGUGUCCAGAAACACUUCCGUGGGUAUCAUGCUCGCCGUUGUCUCUAUGAGCUAAAGGGAGCAAAGAAAUCAAAGUCAUGUAAUGAUACUCAUCUUGUGAAGGGGUUACAACCUGACGGUCUGAAAUCUAUAAAGAAGCCUGGAAGGAAGUUUUCCGAAGGAAAGGAGGAGCGGGUUCAUAAGAUGCCUUUAACUCUAAAAGAGCUUCAACAGCGAGUCAUAAAGGCAGAAGAAACUAUUGAGCAAAAGGAAGAGGAAAACGCUGCAUUGCGUGAGCAACUGCAGCAGUUUGAGACGAGGUGGUCAGACUAUGAGGCAAAAAUGAAGUCUAUGGAGGAAAUGUGGCAAAAGCAGAUGGCAUCUUUGCAGAUGAGUCUUGCUGCAGCCAGAAAGAGCCUUGGCGUUGAUCAUUCAGUAGGUCAACCCGGAAGACAUGAUGCUGCUACAUCACCUCGUUAUUAUGAUUCUGAGGAUGCUACGUCCAUGGGAUCUCGAACUCCUGGUGCAAGCACACCUCUCAAAUAUUCUAACAGCGGUCACGAUGUUGGAGUGGGACGGGAUACUAACGGUACUCUGAGUGCAGUGAGCAAUCUGAUGAAGGAAUUUGAGCAGCAGAGACAGGCUUUUGAUAAUGAUGCCAAAGCUCUAGUGGAUGUCAAACCAGGACAGUCGGCUUCAAAUAAGAAUUCAGAUGCAGAAUUAAGAAUGCUUAGAUCCCGCUUUGAGAUGUGGAAGAAAGAGUACAAGGUAAGAUUACGGGAAACAAAAGCAAAGCUUCAUAGACUAGGACAUUCAGAAGCAGAAAGAAGUCGUCGAAAAUGGUGGGGACGAAUAAGCGCAAGAGCAUCCUAGAAGCUCUACGAGUCAUUUCACAGUGUGAAUGUGGGCAAAUAUGGAGCUUCCUUGAAGUUAUUUAAUUUGUCAGAACUCAGAACAUUUCCAGUUCUCUCCCCCUUUUCAGGAGCUGCUCUGUUGCAUAUUUAUGGCAUCGUCUAGUUUGAAGUAGCAGCGGAUGAGAACUUGUAUAUCUACCAAUUUUUGGCAACUCGGUGGAAGUUUAGUUGUUAAGUUUGUGCAUAGCCAGAUAGAAAUUGUAGUGAUUUAAGCCCAAGGUUAGUCAAUUUUUGUAUAUCCUGUUGUUGUUAGUGUAGGUACCAAUUAAUGCUCAGUACUGAAUAUACGGGGAAAACUGUUCAUAUUGCCCCAUUAUGUAGUCCGUGUUGUUGUGAUAUCUUUAAUUCAUCCAAAAUUACG